CGACUUGAAAGUAUAGAUGCGAACAUUACAUGGUUUCCGAGCGGACUAACUCGACGACGGGAUACAUCUAAAGUUCAAUCAAAACAUCAAAUUUCCCAAUAAUGUCUCAAUGGGAAGGUGAUUCCCGGGAAUGGAUUUUCCCGCGGUUUCGAGUUUCUUCCUCCUCCUCCUUUCCCGGGAGAUUGAAAGGUUUGACUUUUCCACUUCCGUCAGCCUCUGCGGGAGAUACUAACAUACGCCCGGCGCACCACCCAUAUGGCUGUAAUGUGGGCUUUGCUUCGACUCCUUCUAUGAAGCACACGUGCUCCGGGUGCAUACGGAAAUAUCACAGCCAGCCUUUUGUCACCAACCGAUAAUUCUCUACCGCGGCUUCACCUUCUUGGCCUUCAUCUGUCCGUCCCCUUCGUCUCUCUCCUGAUUUUCCAACACACAGGACGCGUCCUUCCCCUGUCUGUCUGCUCUCUCUCUCUCUCUCAUUCUCGAAUCUGAGAAGAACAAAUCAAGUUACACGAGGAGUCAUCUGCAAUUGGCUUACGGCGAUGCCGUUCUGCGAGGCGAGCGACAAUGGUGGCGUCAAGCUCUUCUACCGGACAUACGGCGGCGGCCCCGUCAAGGUCCUCCUCAUCAUCGGAUUAGCUGGGACCCACGAUUCAUGGGGCCCUCAGAUCAGGGGGCUGACGGGCACGGAAACCCCCAACGACGACGAGUUCAGCGCAGCUGGUCCGAGCUCCGGUGGGGUCGCCGAGAGUGAGGGAGCUUGCGGUGGAAUCGAGGUCUGCGCGUUCGACAACCGGGGAAUGGGCCAGAGCUCCGUACCCGCCAAAAAAUCCUCCUAUACGACAAGAAUCAUGGCAAAAGACGCCAUUGCUUUAAUCGAUCACUUGGGAUGGAAAGCAGCCCAUGUCUUUGGUCAUUCUAUGGGAGCUAUGAUUGCUUGUAAAUUGGCAGCAAUGGUGCCCCAGAGAGUUUUAUCAUUGGCUUUGCUUAAUGUGACUGGUGGAGGUUUUGAGUGUUUUCCCAAGCUUGACAAGAAAACCAUAUCCGUUGCAGUUCGCUUCUUGAGAGCUAAAACUCCUGAACAGAGGGCAGCUGUCGACUUGGACACCCAUUACUCGGAGGAAUAUUUGGAUGAAUAUCUAGGAACUGACACCAGGAGGGCAAUCUUGUACCAACAAUACGUGAAAGCCAUAUCAUCAACAGGAAUGCAGUCACACCACGGCUUCGAGGGUCAAAUCAAUGCCUGUUGGACCCAUAAAAUGACACGAGCAGAGAUAGAAGUGAUCCGAUCCGCUGGGUUUCUUGUGUCCGUCAUUCACGGGAGGCAUGACAUAAUUGCUCAAAUAUAUUAUGCAAGACGACUGGCAAGGAAGUUGUACCCUGCUGCAAGAAUGGUAGACCUUCACGGAGGGCAUCUAGUGAGUCACGAAAGAACUGAAGAGGUCAAUCAGGCUCUUCUUGAGUUGAUCAGAGCUUCGGAAAUGAAGAUCAGUCCUCAGGAUUGGACUAAUUUGCCCGAGAAGAGCUCAGGGUGGAUAAGCACGGCAUUGUUAGUAAGAAGAACAAGGACGGAGGGAGGAAGAAGUGUCUCAGUUCUGUACGAGGUAGCGGAUAGGUUACGUGUUUUCAUGUUAUACCUUUUCGGUUUAUUCUUGUUGGCGCUUGAGUAUGGAAGAAAGGGGAUAAGGAGCCUAAAACCAGUAAAGGUGGGGUCUUGCCUAACAUAGCCAAGGCUUAGUGAACCCUUCUUUUUAUCGGUAAGCCUCGUGCUCAGUUAAACCCGAUGUUCCUGGAUCUAAGGUUCUCAUAUAAUUUGUACUUUCUUUAUCCCAGCACAUGGCUUAGCAACAUGUCAUUAAACUCUGCAGGGCUUCCUGAUUCUGGUAAAAAAAAAGUACAUACCCUGUAAAUGUACGGACAACUUCACGGGACUGAGGCGACUGGUAUUUGGCUAAAAGUCGAGACUCAUCUACUAAGAAGCACUCAUAACGUGGAGAAUCAAGAUAUAAAUAAGUUUAUAUUAUACUGUCAAAUUGUACUGAUCGGAUACGUUCUUCCUAUGUGGUCUUCAGUUCAGAUAAAUGGAGAACUUUCAGCUGAAUAAAACAAAGAGAAAUUCAUAUAA